UAUUUAAUUUCUACUGCUUCGGAAUUUCAUCUAAUCAUUUCAACUUUUAUUCAGUUUUAAAAUAAUAUAUUAUUUAAAUUAUAAAUCAUCAUUAAAAGUUAUAGCAGAAUUGAAGUGGUCGCAUAUUUCAUAAUUUAAUAACAGAAUAAACGAUCAAACUAUCUGGCAAGGGCAGCUACUCUUUUUAAUGUUUUUCCUAUUGUGAUGGAGAUUGGCAAUCCGAUUAGCUUUUGGAGUUCGCGCUAUUUAAUUUCAUAGCAAAAGAAGACAAGAAAUGGUGUUUUAUUUGUGUUUUCUUUAAGUAUUUAACUUAACUUCAAAGGAAUUUUAAAUCAGCAAGAAGAAGUACACAGCAGCCAUGGCCAAAGUAGAUGAAAGUUAUGAAGUGACUGGAAAAGUAUCACCACCCAAGCUUCCAAUGGAAAAUAUGAAGAUUAGUAAUUGGAAUUCUAUUUCUUCAACUUUUCUAGAGUCGGUGUUCUCUGAAACUGCUAUUGAAGGAACAAAAAUGAACAUAUCUUCAUCUUUAUGUGCAUUGUCCUCUCCAGCAAGUGUUAUAUUGUCAAGUAACGGCUUGUCACACUCAGUGGUCAGUUUGCCGUAUUAUUUUUGUAAUUUUUGUGAUCAUAGCACGGAUAACAAGGCCACUCUGCUGCGACAUGUUACUGAGAAACACAUGUUUAAGUGCCAGAUGUGUGACUUCAUCUCAUUCACUCGUAGUGGGCUAGUGCAGCAUCAGCUUUACAAACACGUUGACGCCGAGGAGAUGCAGCCUAUCCUCAUCACAAAAACUGUUCAACUCAAUGUUUCACAGCUGCAUAGAAGUUUACCGAACUUUGUGGCUUCAUCUGAGGUUCACAGUUGCCAUUUGUUAACAUCCCCUGAAGAAAACUCACCAACGGUAGGCCAAAACCUAUUUGGAACACCGCUUGCACCUGCUAGUCAUCCAGUUAUCAAGAAUGAAAGCCCUGAUACAUCUACUGUUGACAUCAGCGGUAAAGACAAUGGCUCUUGUACAAAUUCCCACGAUGUUGUUCGAGCAGCCUCCAGUGCAGUUGGUGAUUCAAAUGGAGAAAAAAGUUUGAGGCGAGAUAAAGUCUGGCACCACUUGUUUAGUGAUGGUAAAAUUGCUGCACAAAUGCCACAUUUUCUUGACGAUUCGGAUGCGUCAGUGACCUCAUCAAGCAAUCUUCAAUCCUCCCCUUCACCUAAAUCACAAGAGGGUAAAACUUUAUACAACAAUUCUAUGUCUAAAGAUUGUGGUCAGGUGCCAUCUUUUCUAACAGAACCAAUUGUUUCACAACCAGGUAAUGGAUCGCCAUCAAGACUCAAAACCAUUGUAAACUCAGACACAUUGAAAAGUAAUUCUGAAUCCUUUGUUUACAAUAUUGAUUCAAAUGUAACAAAAAAGAAAUCUCAAUCACUCCCGACCAAUAUAUCUAAAACUAUGUCAGCUUAUCCAACUUUACAAAGUGCUUUAAGUGAAGGUAAAGGAAAGGAUUUAGAUAGAAGCCUAAGUCCUAACUUGUCUUCCCUUUCUGUGGAAAGACUGCAGAAACAGUUUGAAGAUGCAGUCUCUAAUUCGCCAGGCUUUAUUUUUUCACAAGCCAGAAAUACUUUUCACCACACACAGGAUGGCAGCUCCAAUGACUUGCAGCACUCCGUGAAAAAUUCCAAAAGUUUGUUUGAUGACCCUAACUCACUCCUCUUGUGUAAUCCAGCACCAAACAAAAGAGAUAAAAAUAUAGACAAUUUUUUAAUGAAUGCAGAAGAUCCCUUGGGAAUGGAUAAUUAUUCUCAAAUGGGUUUAACUAAAGAAAGGAGUAGCACUAAUAAUUCACAAUGUGAAAACAAAGAGAAACUUAAUAAAACAGAAAAUUUUGAUUUGCUGCGAAAUCUACUGGUACAGAAACCAAAAGAUGUUGUUUCUAAUCAUCGAAGUAGCGGUCUGUCUUCCCCUUGUACUGUACAAACUUCUGAAAGUCCAAGCACUGUGAAUCACCAUAGAUCACCAAGAACACGAGCCUCGGACAUGUCUUUGAAGGAAUUACUAACAGGCGAUCUCCCAAAGAGUGCCAGGGAUGCUCAAGACCGUUUGGAAUCCACUUUUACCAGAUCACAAAACAUGGAUAUUUUCCUUGUGUGCGGAUAUUGCAAUUUUGAAAGCCACAACAAAGCUCAGUUUGACACCCAUGUCAAGAUGUGUACUAAUCGUAAUCAAACAGGUGGCAGCGGGCAUAAAAUCUUUGAGAGUUUUCAGCCUAAUCCACUGGUAAAGAUAAAAUCUGAAAUCAGUGACGAUGACUGUAGGGAUUUUGAUAAUUCCACGCAGAAUAAAUCAGAUUCUAUGGAUUUUAAACAGAGGCCAGUGUUAACUGAGCAGAGUAGAAUGGCUAGACUCUCUAGCCCUAGGACAGACUCUGACAGAGGCUUAGAUAGUCAGACCAUGUUGUCUGUUGACAGAAAGCGCAACCACAGCCCUAGCAAGGAUGAUGAGACAUAUGAAUCUUGCAGCUCUGAGUCUGAUCAUUGUUCAGAAUCAGAAAACAAGCACCCUAGUAUUAAAAGAUCAAGGAAAUGUUGUCCGGCUGUUGAGUAUGAUGGAUGCCUCCCCCUGAAAUGCCAAGACCCCUUGUCUAAACAACCUAGAUUUAAUGUAACUUGUUUAAGCUGUAGCUAUUCAACAACAGACAGGCUAGACAUGCGCCAGCACUUAAUGCUUAGUCACCCGAUGGAUGUUCCCUAUGCUAAAGCCAGUUUUGAACCAGGUACUAAAGCACUUUUGUAUUUUUGCAAGGGAGUUAAUUCACAGUGCACCUUCUUCUCCAUUGAAGGUGCAGAAAUAUUUGAGCACAUAAAGCUGUGUUACUAUGGUUACCUAGACCAGUUUGUUUCCACCAGAACCUCAGAGUGUUCAACAAAUUAUUCCCAAGUUCUGGGUUCUCUGGGAAUAGCUGCUAAAAAACUAGACCCAGCUCCUACCACAUAUUAUUGCUUACGUUGCAACUUUUCUAAAAGCCACCUAGAUGGUAUUUUAGGCAUUGCCCAUCAUGUAAAGACAAAUCAUCCUGAUACUGUAGCAGGGGUGCUGACGGUCAAUAGAUCUCUGGCUGAAAAAACCAGAGUACAAAUGCUUUGUUUGGUCUGUAACAGUUGUGUGACAGUGAAACAGUGGGCAGCUCAUUCGUGCAGGAAAGCUAGUAAGAAAACUGUGUCUGAUGUGAGCACAUUUAAACAAUCUACACAUCCAUUGAACAGCACCAUGUCAGAUCAAAGAGAACACGGCCAGGAGAAAAGCAGCAUUCUGUGUGAGUUAAUGGCAGCAGAGAAAGGGCAGCUUGAUAAUUUGAUGCCUGGGCACACGCUACAGAGCAAUAACCCGUUGUCUAGAGACAGUGAAGAGGAGGCUGCAGAACAGAAGCCUCUAUAUACAUAUAAUGAGGGUGUUUGCAUCAAACAGGAGGUGGAAGAUAGUGAAGAGUAUAAUGAAAUUUCAGAAAGUUCAAGCGGAUCUAAAACUCCAGUCACCUGUGUAGAAAGUGUUCAGCUGGGCCUUUCUCACAGGAAAAUUGAUGACAGCGAAAACUUGUCUAAUGAAGCAGGCAAAACCCCCAUGCGGCCCAGUGUCCUGGAGAACCUACUGACUUCCCCUAAGGAAGCUGACUUCAACCUUAAGAGUUAUAGUCUACUGCAGAACUUGUUAAAAUCAUCCAGCAGUGAGUUGAAAGCUGAGCCCUUAUGUAAUUCGAAAGCUAUUUUCUCACGUAAACAGGAGAAAUUAUCCUGCCAAGCUCCUUGCCCACAGCUCAUUGUAGGUUCACUCAGCCAGUCAGUUAUGGUAAAAAAGAAUACCCCUAAAGUUAACAAUGACAAGUAUACCCCUCACACCACAACAGUACAUCAUAGAGGCUCCGCAUCACGUGCAGUAGCUGCACAUUCUCUAUUUCCAUACACGGCCCCAUCUGCCACUGCAGGCUCACCUAACCGUGCACCCUCGCAGGCGUCACCCCCAUUGAUUCCACAGCCACCAGCACUGCCUGUUAUACCACCGCUGUCACCACAACCUGCUGAUGAAGCUCAACAAGAAAAUAUCCAUUCUCCUUUCUCAAAUUUACUCAGAGGCUUGUUGUCAAAAGUCAAUUCAAAAAACAAUGCUCCAGAAUAGCCUGUUAAAACUUCUUGCAUGCACCAUUUCAGUCUUUUCUUCAAGUUGAACAUUUUUUGCUGUUUUUUAGGUGUCUAUGGUCUUAAAGUAAUUAUACUAUUAUAACAUGUUUGUUUUAAAUUGUAAAUUUAUUUAUUGCGAUACUGUAAUUAGUCAAAUGAAUAUUGAUACUGUCAUUAAAAACUAUUAAUUACCUCUAAUUUGUGAUAAGCUUUUGUUACUAAAGCUACAAUUUAUUUAAACAUUUUGAGCAAUGAGGGCUAAUGAAUUUGUAAGUUAUUCAUUUACAAUUAUAUUUUUCUGUCUUAAAUGUACACUUUAUCCAUUAUAAAUAUAGGAGCAAGUACAAUGUUGUACAUAUUUAUAAUCUACUGAUCUUUUUUUUUUUUACAAAUAUCUGUACAUCACAUCCCACUUUUUAAAAAAGAAUUUAAUGAGUGUGAUCAAACAUCUUAAAAAGAUUACCAAAAAAAUUUAUUCUAUUCUGCAGUGUAUUCAUACAUUUUUAUACCUAUAUGCAUUUUACAUACUUUUUAUGAGGGUCUACUUUUUUGGAAUAAUGAUGAACAUUUUUCUUUACCAUCUCACAUGUAGUUAACGUACAACUUAUGUACUGUUAAUGUUUUAUCUACUGUCUGUGGUAUGAGUACCUUUGUAAAUUUUAGUUACAAAGUAAGCUACUAUUCAAGUUGAGCAUGAUUUGGUAAUCACCACAUAGUUGUUUGCAGUUUGGCAUAAUUUGAAAUGAUAUUUAUCAUUAGCUUGAUUAUAAGUUAGCUUCAAAAUAAAUUUGAACAUUUUAAAAAUUAAUUUUAGAGAAAUGGAAUGAUUUGCUUAACUUAAAUUUCUCUUAUUUUUCUUUAGUUUUUGUUUGAGGUGUACUGUUAUACAUAAGAUGACAACUGUUCUUUAAGCACAGAUGUAACAUAAGUAUUAGUGGUCCUGUCUAAUAUGUGUAAUUAUGAUUUUGUGUUUCAAAACGUUUUGGUUAUAAUAAUGAAUUUUCCUUUUGAUCAAAUAAAAGUUAU